CUUAAUUAAAAUACAGAUAGAGAAACGGAGAUGGAAGAAAGAAGUGUAAGCAAAACCUGUAAUUAUCUGUACCUGAGGGGACCUAAUGGACGCUCACACCUGUUCACCUGUCCUAUUAACCUAACUUAUUCUAUCCACUUGUCCUAUUUAAUCCACUUGUAUCAUUUUCUUGACCUAUGCACCUGUUCUAUCCUUCUGUUCUGUUCUGUUCACCUGUCCUAUCCACCUGUCCUGUCCACCUGUUCCACCCACCUGUGCUAUUCUGUUCACCUGUCCACUCAUUCACCUUUAUGAGUAGCGGGGCCUCUUCUUCGGUGGCUCCUCAUCAUCAUCUUCUGAGCGCACUAUGAUGACGCUGUCCUCUUCCCUACACAGCCUCAGGUUCAGGCUAAAGGGGAUUGAGAACAGUUUUAAAGGAGUCGAGUCUGAGGUUAAGUGAAUCGAGUCAGAGUCAAAGGACACCGAAUCUGAAUUUAAGGGAGUCGAGUUUGCGUUUAAGGGGGACGAGUCCGAGUUAGAGGGAAUCGAAUCCGAAUUUUGAGGAAUCGAAUCCGAAUUUUGGGGAACUGAAUCCGAAGUUAAAGGAAUCGAGUUUUCAUGUGAGGGAGUCCGAUCGCCCAUCACGCCGCUGGACGAGGAAAGGAGACUGAUCCACCAGGCCACUCCAUUGGGCGGCCACUUCACUGCGUUACUCCACUGCCCCACCAGCGCCUGCACGCCCUCGGAGGAGACGUACCAGACCCGCGUAGGUCGCCACUCGGCCCAGUCGUCCCGCCUCUGGAAGAAAACCAUAUACCCCUCAUCCUCUGACCUCAUGGGCCACGUCGGGGGGGAGAUGGUCGUGGAAGAGGACGAGGGCGGUGAGGUAUUCGAGUCCUCAGAGAAAGAAGUGGACCUGGUUCUCUUUGGCAUGUUGGUUUUCAAAGGACUCGUCAAAGUGUUGUUCUGAAGACAAAGAUGGCAGUGAGGGGGGGCAACACAGUGUUCAUUGAUGCCUCGGCACUUGGGGAGCUGACGAGCCAGCUGACGUCCCAAGACCUAGAGAGUCUGGUGGGCAACAUCCAGCCGGCAGACUUGGAGGCUCUGCAGGAGGCAACUGAGGGUCAUGUGGUGGACACUCCUGGAGUGCUCAUCUCUAAUGGGGUGACAGUGGGCAACAUUGUGGAGGUGGAGGGUGGAGAGAGCGAAGUGCUGGAAGAGUCUCAGCAGCUGGACUCCCAUGCUCACCACCAGCCAAUGGAAGUGGACACCCUCACUGACCAUGACCAGGUCAUUGGUGAAAUGGACAUGCUGCAGCAGGGUGGUGAGCUGAUUGGCAUGGCAGGAGAGGAGAUGUCCACAGGCGGUGAGGCUGCCACCACCUCGGCUCUGCUGGCUUCUGUGUCUUCGGGUGACUCCUCUUCCUCCCAGAUAGUUUCAGAGACGCCACAGCUCAUAAAGAGCAGCUUGGGCCAGUUUGUAGUUCUGCAGCAGAACCAGCAGAAUAACAUCUCUAUUGGUUCCAUGGCCAACCGAAUCAUCACAUCGGGCGGCCAGGUGGUGAGCACAGUGUCGGGCCCUAGCAGCAGCAACAACAGCAAGCUGGUGGUGGUGAACACAUCUCAGCUCAGUGGGGGAGUGAGGCAGCAGAUGGUGGUCACCUCGCAGGCCCACCCAGUGCGGACGGUGCAGUUCAAGCAGUCAUCGCAGACCCAGUCACACAACAGCAGUGGUACGGUGACCAAGGUGAUCACCAGCAGUCAGGCUGGCGGGGGCAUGAGCAACAUUGGGAGCCAGCAGGUGCGCCUCAUCACCAGCCAGAGUGGUAAUACUGCAGCCUCCCCUGCCAAGCUGACCUUGCAGCAGGCACAGCAUGUGGGCCUCUUGCCAUCCUCCAAGCCACAGGGCCAAUCUCCAAACAAGAUUGUUGUGCAGCGGGUGAGUAUGGGUGGAGUGUCCCCUUUGAAGAGUCCCAAUAAGUUGGUCCCUGUGUCCUCCAAGUCACCCACCAAAAUUGCCCCAGCCCCUCCUUCCACACAGGAGAUUUUAACUCAAGUGAGCAGUGGUGGAGCUGUGAGGAACAUUCUUUCAAGUCCUCAGAAGAUUGUCAUAAAGAGCAAUAUUCCUCAACCUGGACAGGGGACAGUGAGCACCGUCCGGAGUGGCCAGAUUGUCACUUCUGGGGGACAGCAGGUCAUCAAGAUUCCAGCCAAUCAAGUGCAGCAACUGACAGCACAGCAGCAGAAUGUGCAAGUUCUCUCCAAUAAGAUGAACUAUAUUCCACUAGUGAGUCCUGGAGUUGGUGGAGGAGGAGGAGGAGGAGGAGGAGGAGGCAGUGCCACACUCAUACGCCCAACACCUCCCACCAACAAGCCCAUUGCUCCUGCUGCCUCUCAGCCCAUCAAAAUUAAGGCUAUGCCCAUUGCUCCCAAUCAGACUGGGAAGAAGCAGCGGGUGAUCAUCCCAGUGUCCGGCUCAGGCUCGUCCAAUGUGUCGGGUGGGAUGCCUCAGACCAACCAGACCCUCCCAGCCUCUGCCCUGCCCCCAGGAGUCCUUUCCAACACCCAGCCAGGUUCAGUGGUUAUGAUCCCAGCUCACUACAUGUCACAGCUUCAGUCAAACACUACAAGCAACAGCACAAUUCAAGCAUCAAACCAGAUUCCUCCAGGAACCAUCAUCCCACACACCACAAAGCCACAGCCUUCUCGCACAAUCAUUGAUGCAAAUGGGAUCAGACCAAGAAAACCUUGCAACUGUAAAAAGAGCCAGUGUCUUAAAUUAUACUGUGAUUGCUUUGCAAAUGGAGAAUUUUGCAACAACUGUAAUUGUGCAAACUGUUUCAACAAUUUAAAUCAUGAGGAGGAUAGACAGAAAGCAAUCAAGGCAUGUUUGGAUAGAAAUCCCCAAGCUUUCCGGCCAAAGAUUGGCAAAGGUGGAAGCGAUAAUGAAAGGAGACACAACAAAGGCUGCAACUGUAAGCAGUCUAGGUGCCUGAAGAACUACUGUGAAUGUUAUGAGGCCAAGAUCUCAUGCUCCAACAUGUGCAAGUGUGUGGGCUGCAAGAAUGUGGACAUGACACCAGCACCGGAGAGGAAGGGACUGAUGCAGCUGGCCGAAUGUGCUGAAGCACGGGUCAAUCAGCAGAAGGCCGUUAAAUCAAAAUUACCUUCAUUCUCACAUCACUCGCCCAAUAAAAUGAUUCUUCCUACCACUUCAAAAUCUGGUUACUAUCGAAUGAACCAGGAGGUGGUGGAGGCAACAUGCCAGUGUAUGCUAGCACAGGCAGACAAGGCAGAGGGAGCCUUGGUGUCAGCUGCUCAGUUGGAACAAACUGUCAUCUCGGAGUUCUCACGAUGCCUAAUGCAGAUCAUUGGCAGCUACACGUCACGAUCUAGAGGGCUGGGUGACACGUAGCAACAGUAGAGCUUCUCAGUUGUAUAUAUAUUGAAAUUUUAUCAAGUCAUGUAUAUAGUCUGGAGUGAAAUGUAUAUUUUCUUGUUUCUGCAUUAGUCUGAGAAAAGUUUGUGUUUUUAUUUUGAUCUAUAUUUAUAAUUUGUCUUGUAAUUAAUUUGAGAUAAAUUCCUACUCGAAUGUAAAUUGUAGAUUAUUGCUCAGAUUGUUGCUUUCGUCACCCUCCUUACACUUUUUUUUCUCUCUCUCCUCAUAGAAUUCCCUUCCAAAUUAUAUAUAGUUUGUAUUUUAUAUGUGUAAAUUUGGUUAUGAGGAAUGUAUGAUUUCAGAAAGUGUUGUCUUAUACUCCUUAAUGCUGGGGUCACCUGAAUAUAUUGAGAAACUGCAUACGGUAUGCAAUGAUAAAUAUAAAUCUGUACCUGAGUCUGCACCUGCAGUUCAAAUGUCUUUUUGUUUAUAUGUCUGUUGCCAGUCUUUCUAUCAGUCCAUAUAUCUUUUUAAGUAGUACUUUUUAUUAUUGUUAUUAUUAUCAUUAUUAUUGUUAUAUUAUUUAAUUAUUUAUCUAUUGAUAUUAUAGUUUUUAUUUUUUUAUUUAUUUGUUUUUACAUAUAAGGGUAAAAAAAAAACUAUGUUAAAGAGUGCACUUAAUUGCCAGUCUGAAAGUAUAUGUACUAAAAUCCUGAGGAGUAUAGCCUCUUUACCAUUGGUUUUGACACUUCUCUUAGAAGUGUUUGAAUCUAGGUUUAUUGUAAGAAAAGUCUCCAUUAGUGCCUUUUUUACACCCAGUCCCUGAUUUCAUGAGAGAUGAAAUUUCAAGUUGGUACUCAAUGUAGAUAUCAUCAGCCUACAAAAGUCUCCCCUUACCUCCUCUACUCACCUCUGCUGGAUGCCAGUCUUUUCUGGGUCACUCCAAUGAAGCUUCUUAGUUCAUUUCAUUGUCUACAUCUUUAUCUUACCAGUAUGUUUACUGUCUGUUACUCUAAUUAUCUAAUAUCCAUCCAUGUUAUGUUGUGUUCUGUUCACAUCCACUUUUUUCUUUUUAAUGUCAAAAUGUUUUCAGCCUUAGUCUACUUCUCUGUCAGUAAUGCCUUCUUAUUUCUCCAUGUUACAUCAAGCAAUAUUUUCUUCAUUCCACUUUGAGCAUUCAGAAGUUUUUGUUCCUGGGUUUCUUAAGGCUCCAGGUUGCCAAUAAAAAGCGGAUGUUAAAAUUGGCAGAGCAUUGUGAUGAUAAACUUUUCUCACAUAGUUGCUAUUCAUGGUAGUGUUUUGUUUAACAAAAAAUACUCCGUCCCUCAAUCUAUAUUCUUUGGAUUCUUUUCAUGAAUAGGAUUAAAGAUCUAGAUCAGAACAUGAGCAUUUAAUACUGAAAAUUUACUUCUGAAAUUGGUGAAAUCUCCAAAUCCCUUUUUUUCAGAAGUUCAGGCGUUUUAGAAAUUAGAAAGAUAUGGGCACACUGACACCACAUCUUUCUUGGAAAAGCUGAAGUGGAAUUUGUUCCAUACAUAUACUUGUUUUUAUUCCCUUCAGUGAGUCUUCAAGAUUAAUGUUGGAGGAGCAGCCUAAAGAAGCAAACUUAAAGUGGUCAUUUAAAUUUUUACAUGACAGUUGUGCAAGGAGUAGAGUGAAGUGAGUGAGUACAUGUUUAUGGAUUAGUAAUCAUUAAAGCUUUCAUACAGUGAAACAUAUUUUCAUAAUAAUACUUUUUCACUGAUCUACUCUGGUAUUUCUAUAUUUGAUUUAUCUGGCAGCAAUGCAUCAUUCAGCAGUAUAAAUCUGGAGUGUAGGAAAGAUGAACUCCAGCUUUCAGAGGCACCAGACAAUUAUCUGUUUUGUCUUGGCAAGUGCUGGAGAAACGUGUGUUACACUUGUGCCAUUUUAGAUGAAUGAGAGACUCAUUCUAGAGGAGAGUUAUGCACUGACCUGUCUCAGACUACUAUUCCUGUCAAUUACACCAAGAUGAUCAAGAAUCACAGUUAUGAAAAGUAACAAACAAUCCAUGUCUAUCUGGAAAGAGGCACCAUAAUAAAGGGAACUUCAUCUGCAUAUUUGAUUCCUGCAAGUGUGUCUUGAGACAAAGCUCUUUAGGUGGACCUUUCUUAUUCAUUGUGAUAGCAGUGUUUGAUUAUUACUUAAAGUAUAAGUAUCAUCCUCUGAAGUGUUUUAAAACAAAUAAAAAUAGCACUGAACUCAAUGCAUUGAUAUUAUUUUGUGUAUUUCAGUAGUAUGUUGAUAUGGCAGGUCAUUUUCCCUCACAAGAAAUGCUCCCAAAAUGAGGCACAAAAGUUUCUAGUUUUUGUUCUCAUCAGUGUCAGGUGUUGGAUAAAGAGCCUAAACUGCAUUUUGCUAGACAGUUGAUCAAUUCCUUGUUUUGCUGAAAAAAAAUAAUAAUUGCCUGCAAAUAUGUUGUAAUUUGCCAGUCAGAUGAGCACAGCCAUGUGUCAGUGUUCAUCACUAGUUUAUAUCAAUCUCUCUCUCUCUCUCUCUCUCUCUCUCUCUCUCUCUCUCUCUCUCUCUCUCUCUCUCUCUCUCUCUCUCUCUCUCUCUCUCUCAUUAUAUAAAACAG